UUUAGAUUCAAAUAAGUAACUUAACAAAAAAUGUCAACACAUUGAACACAUAAUAUAUGCUGAGAAGGUUUGAGAAAUACUCAUCCCUUUACUUAGAGCACACCUUACUUCCCUAGUUCCCUCCAUGGGAAAAUAUUUACAAUAUACAAAUUAGUGAAGAGAUACAGUAGAAUGGGAGAGAGGUUCAAUUGCGUUGGGUGUUUAUGAAGUCGAUGGCGAGCUAGAAAGCGAGAGCGCGAGGAUCGGAGGCGGAGGUGAAUGAAGAGGUGGGGAGGCGGAUCGAUUUUUAUAUAGUAUUGUACUCUCGAACUAGUAAUGUACCCGUGCGAUGCACGGAACUAACACUAUUAUACAAAAAAUAGUAACAUUACUACAAAAAAUAAAUUGUUCUUGAAAAAUUUCUGAAUAUAUAAUAUUUAUAUAUAGUAUUUAUCGUUGUAGAUCAUGAAUAUCAAGUGUAUUUCUUAUCAAUAUUUUUAGUCUUUCAGGCUUUGUAACUUAUGAAAUACUUUCUUUUGGGAAUGGACCGAGGCUUAUAUCUACUAUUGACCACAAAAUAUUACUUAUAUGUACUAAAUCCAACCUUUGAAACUUAUUGACGGAGCAUGAGAAAUAAUAAAAUAAAAAUUACUACGUAUGUGAUUGAAAUAUGUGUAGAGAAGAUAAACUAAAAGUAAUAUAAACUCUUAUGAAUGGGUAUUGGUAAAGGAAUUAGAUGGAGAAAUUGGGAUUUCAUGUGUCGGCCAAAAAAAGUGGGAGGUUUGGGUUUUAAGACGCUCCGGGAAUUUAAUCUGUCUAUGCUAGCAAAACAAGCUUGGAAUUUUUUUCUGAACUGGAAUCUCUUGUUGGAAAGGUGUACAAAGCUAGAUAUUUUGGAGAUGGGAAUUUUUUGACUGCAAAAUGGGGUAAUAAUUCUUCUUUUCAUCUGGCAGAGCAUUAAUCAUGCAAGGAUAUUAUUGGAGAGUUGGAAAUGGUUUGGCCAUAAACAUAUGGACUGAACCGUGGCUUCCGGAUAAAAACGAUCAACCCCAAAGUUAUUUCAAAUCCUGUUUUGGAGCUUGAGAAUGCAAGCGUCGGAAACCUUCUGUGCGCAGAGAACAAAGGUGGGAUAUCGAUCUCAUGAAAGGGAUUCCACUCAGUUUCAGGUCAGUGCCAGAUAAGUUGUGUUACAGGGCACUGGUCGGCAAAGCUGAAGGGGAUGGGUGGACCGAAUGGACUCAGAUGUGGCGGUGGAAAAUACCUCCUAAGGUUAAGCACUUUUUUGGCAGAUUGUUACCCACGAAGCUUAUUUUGAAGAACCGGUUUGUUAAUUGCGUGGACUGCUGUCGGCUUGGUGGAAUGAAAGAAGAGACUCUGCAACACCUGUUCGUUUCUUGCCCGAUUACCAUGGAAGCUUGGGAUUCAAUUAACUGGAGCUGGUCGUCUUCUUCUGGCCAGACAUUCUUGGAUGGCAGAAUUCCAAGCUAAAAGAGAGGUGGAAGUUAGAAUAGCAAUUCACCGUGUGUUUUCGUAUUGAUUUAUCAAAUAUAUAUACAAGAUACAUAGACAUCCGUUUCCCGCUAGUAAUACGUAUAAGGUAUGUACCAUAUAUUCUAGCUAAAUGAAUGUAGACAUAAUAUGAGCAAUAUACAAAGUCUAAAUAUGGGAAUAAUAUCUAGUGUUGACCGGCCGUGCGUUGCAAGUGAACGUGGGUUGCUAAAACGCCCCCGUAGUUGACGCUUGGAGGACCAAGAGAGCAAGUUGUCACCUAAAAAAACACAAUAGCCG